AUGGAGUCCAUCCGGAAAUGGUUUUACAAGCCAAAGAAGGGAGACCGUUCGCUGUUGGCGCAGUUCUUUUACGCCGACGACGAAUUGAAUGCCGUCGCGGCGGAACUGGACAGUUUCGACGGUAAAAAAGACCCUCAGCGGUGCACUGCUCUCGUGAACCAUUUGCGACAAUGUCAGGACAAAGUCUUGACUAUUUGUAUUAAAAUCAUGGACGAGCUGAUACCUGGCGAACGGGCCAGCCGUGAUUUUCGUGUAAAAUUUCCAGACGACGUAAUUCAGGAUAAUUUGGCGGGGCAGCUGUGGUUUGGCGCUGAGUGUCUAUCGGCGGGGUCGAGCAUAAUGAACCGGGAAGCCGAGAGCGGAGCUAUGAGGCCUUUGGCCCGGGCGCUGACCAAGUCGUUGGAAAGAGUCCGAGGACUCCUGAGGGACGCGAGCCUUUGCGGCGACCAAACUCCGCCCUGCCUGCGCAACCUAAUAUCGUCGUUGUGUACGUUCGAUCAUCUGUUGGCUGAGUUUGAGUUGCGUUACGUGUCCGCGAUGGUGCCAGUCAAAACCGCCCACGAAUACGAACUCCAGCAGCUCGUAGUCGUCUUGUUCUCCGAGACCCUACAAAGAGCGCUCGUCAAAGGUCUCCUGACCCAAGAAAUGGUUGACGACUAUGAUCCUGCCCUCAUGUUCACCAUUCCUCGUUUGGCCAUCGUGUCUGGUCUGUUAUUUUACCCCUACAUGUCACCACUGUCUCUCGACCAAAACGCCACCGACAUGUCUGAUAUGUUCCGUCCAUUUCGAUCGUUAUUAAUGAAAAUCAGAGAGCUCCUACUGACCCUUUCCGACAAGGAGCUGUCAACGCUGGAGAGGAUGCUGUGUUCUUCAGAUGAGGUUAAGUUCGACGAGAAUUUGUCAGUGAAGAACCAACAGUCGUCGUGCCAGGAAACCAGUGACGAGGACUCUGAGUGUCUUUCAUCCAGCACUGCAGAAUUGGUAAUGGACAACAGCGUUACCACUACCACUGCCUCUCCCGUAACAACCAUAGAGCACUGUGGUACGAAAGGAUUUCCGCCGACGCCACCGUCAUCACCACAAGACUUAAUCAACAACAACAGCAAUAGCAACCAAUGCAACCCUUCGACUAAACGUGGGUCGUUCGGAUCGACAAUCAUAUCAACGAACAAUGACAGCGAUCAACAGCCCAACAACGAAUUGAAAAGUCCAGCGGUCAACCGGCAACAAUUGCAACAAUAUGAUUGUGGUGGUCUGGAGUCGUCAUCUGGUUCGAUGCCAGAUGCAGAUCUCACUGAGUCGCUGGCCACAGCUACGGAAGCUCUGACAGAAAUCUUGGUGAAGUCGACAAACUUAGAACGUGAGAUCAUCAGGAACAACGGCAGUGGCACAGCUGUGGUUGUGGUGGUGGUCCAAGACGAUAACGGAAAUGAAAACUUGCUGUCGCCGCAGCUUCAUCCUACAAAACUGCACCAUGCUCCCCCAAACGUGUCGAGUAGUUCAACUCAAACAGAAUUGCCAUCGAGUUCAUAUCGGGUGUGUUGUUGCAAUAAUUGGAACCGAUGGAAGUCGGCUACAGUAGAUAAUAAGAGAGACAGAUCGUCCUCUGUUAGAUGUCUGUCGCCGUCUAGUGGUGGAGGUGGUAGUGGUUGUCGUUGUUGUCAUCACCAUCACAGGAGGAAAAAGACAAAUGCCACCUCUGCCUCUUCCAACCGGAGUGGUGGUAAUGAUAGCUGCAGUAGCAGCAGUAGUAGUGGUGAGAUAAAAGCCCGAGAAAAGGUCCCCGUUGUCACUGCCGUCUCGACCAAGUACUCAAAGAGCUGGCGGGAAUUGCGUAAGGCAACCAGCGCUGAUGGCAAACGAUCGGCUGAAGUGGUGAUUUGCCGCCUCCAAACCACAAGAUGUUGCAAUACCGCCAGAUGUGGCAGCGUUAAACCCAUGAUCAAGAAACAUGAAAUGUGUUCAAGCUGUUCUAGUUGUACGACUUCAUCUGCAGAUGAGAGCGACGAGAGCGUGACUGACAGCACAUCAACAGACAGUUCCUGUAAUUAUUCGUUACGCCGACAAAAAGCUCGUGCUAAGUUUAGAUCUGAUGAAGACUUAUUGCAUCGGCUGUUUGUAUGCAUAUCAGGAGUGGCUGACCAACUGCAGACAAACUUUGCUGGAGACUUACGUAAUAUACUUAAAGCAGUGUUUCUCAUGUCUAAUUCUAAUUGUGGCAACGAUAGUCAACAGAACUUGGAAGUAAUUCCUGUGAUAAACAACCCACCUCCAGUGAUUGAUAUCGAAAAUGGUGAAGAGGCGCUUGUUUGGAGAGGUGAAACAAUAAUGAAUGAUGUGUUAUCCACGUCAACAGAGACGCCACCACCUUGGAUACCUGACAAUGAGGCUCCUGUAUGCAUGUCAUGCAAAGCCAUGUUCACUGUAGUUCGAAGACGUCAUCAUUGUCGAAAUUGUGGAAAAGUAUUCUGUUCUCGGUGCAGCUCAAACUCUGUUCCUUUACCCAGAUUUGGGCAUUUGAAGCCAGUGCGUGUGUGCAAUCGUUGUUUUAUCUAUCAGGUUACGCCGUUCACAUUGGAGCAUUCAAUUGGACCAGUUCCGAUUGUCUUGCAGUCUUAA